UACUAGCUGCAAAGCAAGACUACUACUACUACACGUUCGCUGGAAAAUACUCUAGAAUCGAUCAGAAAACUAGCUGUGUUUUCUCCAUCGUCCAGCCGAGAGGAGGCUAUGAAGAUCCGGCAUGUGCUCACCCAAUCCGUCACCAUCCUCGUCAUGGUCGUUGCAUUGUUGGUGCUGGUGCCCGAGGGGAUAAUGCUAGUGACGGGUGUCAAGACACCGGCAAUGGCGGUUUUGUCGGGAAGUAUGGAGCCUGCAAUUAAAAAGGGCGACAUGGUGUUUGUGCACAACAUGAGCAAUGAACCUUUCCGCUUAGGAGAGAUCAUUCUUUUCAAGGUUGAUGGUUUUGAACAUCCAGUUGUCCAUCGUGUGAUCAAGGUUCACGAGCAUCGAGAUACUGGAGAAAUCCGAAUACUCACGAAAGAAGACAACAAUUUAGUGGAUGACCGAUUUCUCUAUGCGAACGGACAGCUUUGGCUUCAACCGCAUGAAAUUAUUGGACGGGUUGCAGGCUACUUGCCAUAUGCUGGAUGGCCUACUGUCUUCAUCAGUGAAGCUUAUAAGAUGUUGCUGAAUGGUCGAAGCACUACAACUCCAGAAGUAUAUUGGGUAACAGUGUAACCGCGGUAGAUUUAUGUGGGUUGUCUCCAUAAUGUCUUGUUAGGGGUUAAAGAAUGCAUCAAGUGAUCGAAGAGUAUGUAAAAGAUGUAUCAUUAUCAUAGUCUCCGCAACAUUGUAGUCGAGCUCCAUCCGUCUUGUUGAAGUCAUUUCUGUAGCACGGUCGACAAGAUUUCCUUUUUCGAGAACACGCAAAAGUCCUACAUUUCUCUGCACGAUCGACAUGAUUCUAACUCCUUUGAAAGAAACAAUGAACACACAUCUGGCCUCUGCAUUGGCAAUGACGAGUGUGAGUAGCCAUCGAAGGGUCAGCACACCCUGGCCAGAGAGCAGCUAGCAGUUGCGGGACGUUGGAUCUGAGGGGCGAGUUGGAGGCACCAAGGUGAGGCAGCGCACGUCCUCGCCGUCGACCUCCGCUGUGGGGCUUAGCCCAACAGCCUCCUUCAACAAUGACGAGGGAGGGAAGCGGUGGUGAAGGCCUCUAGGAGUGGCGGCGACCUCCGGAGUCGCUCGCGAGCAACCCGGGAGGCAGUUUGGGUCGCGUAUUGGGAGGCAAUUCACAUGUACAGCGGAACAAAAGCAAUUGUUUGCUACGUGCUACUCGGUCUUUACGUUUUUUUAGCUUAAGACCCACUUUUUAAAAUUUAUAAAACUUGCUAAGGUCGACUUUAGAAGCCUUAAGACAAAUCUUUUGUCCACUUUAAAUACGCCUACAUCAAAUCAGUCUUGCUUACCUUUUGUGAGCAAAUUUUAAUAUAGGACACCCUUACCUCUUUUUUACAUGAGAGGUAAAAGUAUAUAAUAGU